GAAGAGCGUGCAUGCUUACGCAUUUAAUAAAUGUACAUUUACCCACGUUCGAAAUCAUCUGUUUAUUGUUUACAUUGAAAUUAAAGCAAAAUGCUUGGAAUUAAAUUUAGUUAGGAAAACAAAAUUAUAAUCACCUAUGUAUGUAUGUAUGUAUAUACGUAUACCUAUAUAUCCAACGUUUAACAGAAUCCAGGAGGUACGUUUUGGGAAGUCGAGUGCCAAUGCUCUGGAGAUAAUAACUUCAGACAAAAUUUUAGACUGAAUAGAAGUGCUUUUAAAAAAUUAUGCAGUUUUCUGGAUCACCUAAUGAGAAAGGAAACAAGAUUCCAUAAUACCAUCUGCUUGGAGAAACGAGUUGCCAUCGCCCUAUAUGCUCUUGGACCCUCAGCGGAAUAUCGUAGCAUUGCGAACUUGUUUGGAGUGGCCAAAUCAACAGUAUGCGCAGCUCUCUUGGAAUUUUGUAGGCAAAGAAACAAUUGAAGACUGUGUUAAUGGGUUUAAACACAUUGGAUUCCCUCAGUGUAUGGGUGCUCUUGAUGGAUGCCACAUAGAAAUUCAUCCCAGACAGGAAGAAGCAGUCGAUUAUAUCAAUUAUAAAGGAUGGUAUUCCACAGCGUUACUAGCACUUGUUGACGUAAGAUAUCGUUUUUUAUACAUCAACGUGGGAAGUCCAGGAAGAUGUAAUGAUUCCCAAGUCUUUGAAAAGUCCAGACUAAAAAGGGAACUGGAGAACUGCUCAUUUCUGAACACAAUGAGCACAAAUUUAGGAAAUUUUGACAUCCCAGUUGUCCUUCUUGGAGAUUCUGCCUUUCGUUUUUCCAAAUAUUUAAUGAAGCCUUUUCCAUUCAGUUUGGAUAAAACGCCUUCCCAAAAAGCUUUCAAUUACCAACUUUCAAAAUCUCGUAACGUGGUCGAAAAUGCUUUUGGGCAAUUGGAAGCAAAGUUUCGCCGGAUCGGAAAAGGAAUUGAUAACAGAGUUGAUAAUGAAAAUUCUAUUAUAAAGGCUUAUUGUGCUUUGCACAACUUUUUAAUAGCAGAAAAUGACCCAGUUACACCUUCUUGGCUUAACGAGCAGCACGCUAAUGAUAUUAGGAGAAGACAACCACAAUCCGUAGACUCGCACCAAAACUUAGCAGAAGCUGAAUCAAUAAGAAAUGCGUUCUGUUCAUAUUUCAAUCUGGUAGAUAUUGCUGCGCUUGAUAUUGAUGGGCGAAGUAUUUCCCCUCUGGAUCCUGACGGCAGUGGUGAUGAACACGACGGUGAUGGCGCGAUACCGACUAAUCAGUUUAGUUGCCUUUGGCGAUUAACCAAAGAAAGUGUUUCUUUUUAAACUGUAAUCAAUUACUUAAAUGUCGUGGAAUAUUCGGGUGAAGGUAUUUAUCGUUUAUUUGGUACUUUAUAUUUUCUUGCCAAAAAAUUUUAUUUGAAAUGUAGACGCUAAAAAUGAUUAGUAAAAGUGUGAAUACCGGUCCGUCAGGUCUUGAAAUUAGACGAAUGUUUUAGAGAAUUUUAUGUAGUUUUCGAAUAUAUAAUUUGAUCUU